GUAAGCAUAAAAAGCUGUAUUUAUCUUUAGAUGAUUAUGUAAAAAUAUUAAAAAGUUAAAACAAGACCUUGGUAGUUUGCAGAAGACAUGUCCUUCUCUUCAACGGAUGAAUUUGAGAUUCAGGACCUUCUCUCCAGCACACCAGAUGAAACAUCAAAUGGAUUUAAUGGUGGACAUGUCACUGGCACGCCGAGAAAGAAUAUCAAUUGCUUAAAUGGACAUGACAAAAUCAGAAUAGAAAACGGAAACUAUCUUGAUGUCAAUCCAACAAUCACUGAACAAAAUGGACACAACAAAAUGUUGUUGGGAAAAAAUUUAGAAAAUAUUCAAAAUCUUUGCCCUCCAACAAAAUAUGAUAAACAACAUUCACAAGAUGAUGUUAAAGAGGUUGUUUCAGCUUGGAUGAAAUCGAAACAAUCAUUAAAACACACAGUUUCUGCGCCGGGAAGCCUAAAACUGCAUUGGCUAGGUGCUAUGGAAAAGGCUAAGGCUCAUGAGGAUCCAUGGAAGUUAUAUGAUAUUAUAGGCUCCUGUCCAACAGAAAGUGCACGACGAUUUAGAUACAAUGCAUUAAAGAAAAAAUGGGUGCAAGAUAUUGUCAGUGUAAAAAUGGAAGAGGAGUCUUUUGGUCAAGGAGCGAUGAGAAAAUGCUACAGAAUGAAAAAAUUGUCAACCAUGGUACAUACAGAUGACUGGUCUUAUGCUUCCAAUGUUGUAGCCAAGCGAUAUAUACACACGGAUGUCAUGCCGAAUGUUUACUUUAAUGAUGUGAAACUUCAAAUGGACGCAAAAUUAUGGGCGGAAGAAUAUAAUCGACACAAUCCACCAAAAAAGAUUGAUAUCAUCCAAAUCGCCUGUGUUGAAUUAUUCGAGCGUGAAGGAUCACCCAUGUAUCAUAUCGAAAACUUUGUUGAAGGAAAAUAUGUGAAGUACAAUUCCAAUUCCGGUUUUGUGUUGCGUGAAGAUGAACAUGUCCGAGCAACACCACAGGCAUUCAGUCAUUUUACAUUUGAGCGUUCCGGCCAUCAUGUGAUGGUUGUUGAUGUACAGGGCGUAGGAGAUCUAUAUACUGAUCCGCAGAUUCACACGGCCGAUGCAGAAGAGUAUGGAGAAGCUAACUUAGGUACCAAAGGAAUGGCAUUGUUCUUUGCUUCGCAUCAUUGCACACAAAUUUGUGAAGAUAUGAACCUAAAAAAGUUUGAUUUAUCAGAAACUGGAAUGAAAAGAAUAAAUAAUAUCAGUUCUUCAAGCAGUACUUCCACUGAAGUGAAGAUUCCUCACAGUCCGGGACAAAAGUUAUUGCCAAUGUUCGAUUUAGUGGAAAGACUCAAAUCUAUUGAAUCGGAUGACGAGCUUAGCCCGGUCAGUCCGAAUGAUGACUCCAGGACGCCGUCAGUAUUUGGUAGCACAAAUAGUUUGGUUGGUGUGCCAACAAGAAGAAGGAGAAUGUACUCAGAAAUGGACAGUGGUAUGAGCUCGGAUGACGAGUGUUCACAUGAGAAUUACUUCAACCAACAUGAACGUAAAGGCGCUAACGUUGACGACGACCUUAAAAUUCUGACAUCAGAUUGUAUUAACAAGAGGUUGGAACUGCUAGAAUUUGAAGAGCGGCAAAUUUCAAUCAUUGGUGAGAUUCAUUACGACUUGGCAGUUUACAACAACGUUGGUCGUUUCACUGAUGGCGAGCCUGAUAACGAGUCGAGUUUAUUCCAUUUAAAUAAAGCUGCCCUGUGUGGUUCUCUGCAAGCCAACAAAGUGAUGGCCAUGAAAUACUUUAACCUACCAACAGAUCAAUUUGAGACGGUACAAAUCCGAGAAGACCAUGAUCGCGGGAUGGACUGUCUGCUUGAAGCUGCAACGCACGGGGAUAAAGACUCGAUGAUUAAAGUUGCUCAAGCUUUUGAUACUGGAAUUAAUCUUGGUGAUUCGAGGAAAAAAUCGUGGACAGAAGCUUUGAAAUGGUACGAAGCUGCUUUAGGUAGGUUGGAGGCUGGUGCUGGUAUUGGAGGCGGUAUCUCUGCCGACCAGAUCAACGCAAGAAUGGCUGAGAUAUGGCAGCAAGGUGGUAAUGGCGUUGAGAAAGACCCUAGCUACGCUGGAGAGUUAUACACUGCAGCCGCAGAAGCUGCAAUGGCUGAAGGAAAAGGAAAACUAUCUACUAAAUAUUUCAUGUUAGCUGAGGAAGCAUGGGGAGAAGUGGAAGAUUGAUUCGUUUAAAAUAUUUGAUCCAGUUUGCGUUGUCAUGUUCAUGGAAAAAAGAAAACAAAAACAAAAAAUUGACGUGAUGUGCGAAAAAGUCACAGAAAGUUAGUUGCGUUUUUUAAACACGUUCUCACAAUGCAUUUUUUUAAUACACGUUUUAGCGUAUACGUAAGCAUGAGUUUUUAAAGCACGUGUAUUUAUAUGCAGUCAACUCGACCCUGUUCUUUGUGGUAGAAGUACCCUUAAACGCCUAUACUUUUGCUUUAUCAAGACGAAAGAACAGGUUUAAAAGUUUUUUUUUAAUGUUUAAUUUUUUUCCACAUUUUUUUCCGGAAUUCCAUGUUUUAUAAAGCACUUUUUUUCCUGAUAAAUUUCCUUGUCAGGGACUGAUAUAACAUUUUUAUGAGCAAGGACUCUUCAAAACGAGACUGACUGUGACGAAAAUGUCAGAAUUUUAAUCUUUUUGUCUUAUUGUACAGCUAUUUGGGUAUGAUUCUCAUUUAACAAUUUUAUAUGACAAUUGAUAUUUUUAACGACCUCUAUUGAUAUUUUAAAGACCUAUAUGGAGUAACGUUUUUAUUAAGUUAGUGUUUGUGUUAGUAUAUUUAGAGAAAAAAAUUUAAGCGUUAAUCCGUAGGGAAAUGUGUAUAUAUAGGAAACCCAAUACACCCCCCGCACGAUUUUAUGUGUUGCAUACUUUGACUUUCGUCCACUUUGGGUUGUUCUGGUUUUUAUCAGUUUCGCGCGCGACGACUAAAAAGUUUUGUCUGAAUCUUCGUAGUUAGCAAGUUUUCAAGCAAGUAAUGAUAAAAGAUCUGGGUAAACAAAUUUAAAACAUUUCUUCAGUUUACGAGAUCUGUUUCUAAAUCCAAAUUUAGUAGAUAAAAUUUUAGGUUGUUACAAAAGGGUAAAAUUUUACUUUGUUUCAAACCAAUUAGGUAAAAUUUUAAAUAUACAUAUUAUGUACAUAAACGUGUGAAACAAAAUGAGCAUUAUAUUUUUCGGAGUUUUGACUCUGUGAUUGUAAAUUAUUUCUACAAAUAUCAAGUUAAAAUAAA